AUGGCGCGCAUCAUCGACUUGAAGCAGACAGAAACGGGUGCAAUCCGAGAAGCACAACUCAAGUUACCGAGCGGACGUAUCAUAAGAAGACCAAUUAACUUACUAAUCCCACUUGAGCUGGAAGACAGUCCGGCAGAGAAACGGUCCGACACAAAUGGUGAAACGGAGUCGCCGACUAACAAUCUGCAUAGCGCAGUUGGAAUUCAAAGUCACCGUUAUAAUCUCCGACCUCGAUCACGUGACAACAACGUGCUUACAAUCUGUCAAAGAUGUUGCUCCCAAGUCGAGGAGGAUCAGGAUCCGAAAAAGCAUUAUGAAGAAAACGGUCAAGAAGGAACGCGAAUCGCUGUGCCACCACUAUAA